UCUCUGUUUGCUCUGUUUCCCUUAACUGCAAAACCCCAAAACCUCUGAAAAACCCUCACUUCGCCUCCUCUGAGCUUCACCUGUACUCUUCAAUGGAGGACACACUUUCCGACGAAGAACAACCAAUGGAAACCCUAACAACAUUUACAGAAGACAACGAAUUCGAAUACGAUGAACACGCAAUGGAGGAUGAAGCAAAAACCCUAAAUUUCGAAUCGAAGCCGUCGCACGCGGCGAAGAUUCGUGAAUUACUUCGGAAUAUUACUUCAAUUGAGCCCAAGCUUUGCUCUGAUGGCUCAAAGGAGUUCAUGAAGCUUCUGAGGGGAAGCUCAGGUGGGGAGCUGUUGCACGAGUAUGUUCGGGCUUCGUCGAAGUUCUCGGAGCUUCUAGAAGUUUGGAAUCGCCGGCGAGGUAAGCCUGGUAUGUAUUAUGUAAUGUCGGUUAUUUCUGUGAUUUUGGGGCAUUCUGAGGGGAAGUUUAGGUCUGAUGUUCCUGGUAGGAUUGCAAUUAGUAGAGAAUUAGAUAAGUUUGCGAAAUUGAUUAUUGAAGAGAAGUUAGAUGAUGUUUAUAAGGAGCUUAAUAGUAAGGAUGGGAAGCGCCAAAAUGCGGCAUUGUUGUUAAUGGCGUCGAUUGUUAGGCGUGGUUCGUUGUUGGCUGCUGAGGUGGCCAAGAUAUUCGAUUUUAAGUUACCGAUAUUGCCUAAGUUGUCCGGAUAUAGGAAGAAGAAAGUAGAUAGGAAGAGGAAGGAUUCAACUAGGGAUUCUUUUAUUGAGUUUGCAAUGUCGUUUUUGGAGGUGGGUAAGCCGGGAUUGUUGAGGUGGGUUUUGCAGUUGAGGGAAGUUUUUUCGGGGAUCCUUCGAGGGAUUGGGAAUGAUGAUGAAAUGACUGUGGUCUAUGUGUUGUCGACAUUGCGUGAUCGGGUUCUUACCCGUGAGUCCUUGGUUCCCCCGGGUCUUCGAAGUGUUCUUUUUGGGAGUGUUACAUUAGAGCAGUUAGUAGAUAUUUCUGCGUGGAAAUAUGGUGCGCUUGCUGCAAAGCUUGCGUAUGAGGUUCUUCUCAUGGUGUGCAUUGAUCCCGACAAUGGAUUGAUGACUGACUUAAAAAGACAACCACCUGCAAAGGGAAAUCCAAAGCGGCUUGUUGACCUAAUGAAGAAGCUUAAAGCUACGGAAGUUGAGUACCACAGGAGCCUGCUUUUGGCAAUUGUCAAUGGGAGACCAUCACUAGCUUCAAUGUAUUUGGAUCAGUUCCCAUACAACCUUGAUGAUCAUACAUCAUCCACAUGGCUCUCUGCUGUCACAUUGGCAGCAAAUGUGGUUUCCUCGGUGAGGGGUGGGAUUUCAUGGGAUUUUCUUGAUGUCCAAGCCAAAAAUAUGGUGGCCUUUGAGACGUCAGAUGUACAAAGUGUUAUGAAAUGUGUCUGUCUUCGCCCUUUCAGUCGUCUGGUAGUCAACAAAGGCUUACUUCAUUCUGAUUUUCUGAUCAAACAUGGUACCUUAAGGCUCCUUUUAGAGGUUCUAAAAUUGUUAAGCUCCUUCAUUGAUGCUUUAAGUUUGAAAGGAUUGCCUUUACUCAAGCAAAAAAUUCAAGAUGAAGUUCGUAUCCUGCUCCCUGAUCCUCAAGUAUUGUUUACAUUACUGAGUUCGGUUAGUAGUAUUAAUCAGAUGUCAGGGCCUUCCUUGAAGAGAGCAGCUGAUUCAGAAAGCAUUGGCAGUCAUAAAGGUUCUGCUAAAAAGAAAUCAAAGGUUAAUGAAGACAUUGAUAUUCUUGUGACCGGGUUAAGUUCAAGUGCCGAAAGCAUUGUACCAGUAGAUGGUGUAAAACCACCGGAAAAAUCUAUGAUGCCUCCAUCUGAGGAUGGAAAUGAUCAUGAGUCAAUCAUGGAAAUUUGGGGUUCUUAUGAAAGCUCUUUCUCUUUGAAUAUUGUAAAAAAUGCCGAAGUGUACUUCUAUUGCAAAGUACUUGAAGCUCUCAAAAUAUAUCACGGGACCUUUCAAGCUAUUUUGGAAGUAUCAUAUGAUUUUCUUAAAAUUUUGCCAAAUAAUCCGCUAAAGUUGCCAGGAAUUCUUUUGCAAUCGUUGUUGUCCAUGUUGAUAGAACACCUUGGCUGUUCAAAAGAGUCAGGUUUCUCAGCCAGAACGCUGCCUCCUAUCUACAAGCAUCUGCAACCUUUUCUUAACUUGUCAUUAAAUUCACCUUUUGGAUAUGUAAGAGAGCAUGCAUAUGUUUUGGCUAAAGCAGCAAUGAUGAGUACUGGUGCUUUUGACCACAACCCAUGUGAAAUUGGGUCAUGGUUUUUGUUUUUAUCUGGUGAUGUCGGACAAUAUGACAGCGGCAAAUGCCAGGAGGAAAAACUGCUCCAUUCUCUGUCUUUACCUGUUGUUUCUUUUCUUUGUGAUGCUGUAUCCACCGUUGGUAAUAACUUAGUCAAGUACUGGGAUAUUAUGAAGUUUCAGCUUUCGGAAGUGGAGACUACAAAAGGUAUUAUGAAGUGCCAACAGUCGGACGUGGAAAGUACAAAAGAAGCGAGUGUUGAUUUUAGCCCACUUGUAGCCUGUAUUCUGGAAAAGUGUUUGAGGCUGCUCAGCUCUGGAUCAGAGACAUUCACUUUGCCUGAGAAAUCUGUGAUAUCCUUGUAUGUCUGUAACACAUUAAAAUAUCUAAUGGAAACUCAGAUUGAUGCCAGAGUAUUAGCUGCAGUUGUUCAUCAGCAGUUAUCGAAUAGAAUCGAGAAGUAUAUCUCUGCAGUAGCCGUAAUUGAAAAUUCCUGCUGUGAGUGGAGAUCAAUGAUUUCAUUGUUUCUGUUUUCACGGAGCAUUUUAUAUCAUGAAACUUGCAGUGAAGUCUCUACUGAUAGGAUUUCUCGGAAGGAAAACCGCUCAUUGAUGGACAUGCUUGCUGAGGUGAAAAGGCUUUUGAGUGCAGGCAGCAUUGACGUCAUUGGAAUAUCUAAAGCAUUAUGCUCCACAAUAGCGUGCACAAACCCGGAUGAUAUAGUGGAUAAUUUACCUUCAGUUUUGGCUGUUUCUGGUGAACUUCCUGGGUUUAACCGUUCAGUCAUGGACUGCUUUUGUCUUGAUCAGAACCUUAUGAAACACGUGUCUAAGCUUUGGCCGGAUAUGUUCUAUUCAGGUCUUAAACUGAGUGUCCUAGCAUCUAGUCAACUGACUCAAGAAAAUCACAAACAAACUUCAAUAAAGGCUCUGCAGAAUGACUUUGUAGAGAUAGAAUAUGUUUCUGCUGUUUUUGGUUCUUUACUGAAAGAUGCACCUUUCUACGUAUUAUUCCCUGCAUUUUUGUUUUGUGGUUGGGAGCACCAUCCAGAAAUCCAAGAGUUGCUUUUAGCUAAGGUGUCUAACUUAGAAAUUGAGCAGAUUGUUUCUUCACUGAGGCUGGUCCUUUUUUGGUAUCAUCAGAUACAGAUUUCGUAUAGAAAGAAACCAUCUGAAAAGCAGGAAUUGCAAGCUGAACUAUGCUAUGUGCUUGUGAAACACAUUUUAGCCCUUUUGCCUACUUUGAAAUUUGAUUCUGGUUCUUUGGCAAUAAAUGCAGUGUUUCCUCUCUCUCUUUGUCUUCAAGAAGUAUCUACAACUGUCUUUCGUCACCCUUUAGUAACUGCAGCAAUAUUGUCUCCAUUUGAUCGUGGUUGUAAACUCACCAAAGAAUUUUUAAGGGAUAUCUCAGAGGGAGUUCUGCAUCUUAGUGGAGAAGGUAUUUGUAAGACAGAACUUCAUAUUCUGGAGUUAUUGACUACUACUUCUGAAUUCUUAUUAGCUCUGUGUAGCAAAGAACUUUCUUCAUCCAUGUAUAUUGAGUGCAAGGAAAAUAUUGUCAAGGAGUUUAGGAAUUUGGUGCAGUGGAUAUUUUUAGUUUUUAAGCAGAAGUUCAAAAUGUGGUAUAGAUCUGGUGAUAUGGCCCUCUUUCCAAUCUUAUGUGCUUUUGUUGUUUUGAUGCGAUUUAGCUCACCCAUCGAGUUGCUUGAGUUGGCAAAUUGGAUGCUUUCAUGUGUGGAACUUACCGACUCCAUAAUUCCUGGAACCUUAAAUGUCUCUCGCUCAUGUUUGGCAUUUUCUAUUGCUUGUGGAGCUUUAAGCAUUCUGUUUCAAUGUAUGCAAUCUCCAAAUUCUGGGAUGGUGCCACAAUAUUCAAAAGCUACCGAAUUGAGAAGUCUUGAUGCUACAUUAUUCAAAAGCAUAUAUUUUAAGGCUUAUGCCUUUGCAACUUGUCUCAAAACUGACUUUGCAGACAUAUGUUUGCUUAAGGCUCUCAAUGCUGCUUGCGGCCAGAUUCAUAGGCAGGAUUGUCUUCCAUUCAGCAUUGAAAUAACUAGAUUGACAGCCAGUACUCCUGUAAGAAUUGUUUCCCACUGUCUUCACAGAACUGACAAUACCAAGGCAAAAAUAUUAUUUCUAAUAAUUGAGAUGAGUGUAUUACAUUUAUCAGUUUUUGGUCAGCUGCUCUCAGAUUUUAUGAAUGAAGAUACUGUUUCAAUUGUCAAUGCAUCAAAAGAGAUCUGUAGUCAGUCCCUUUCAGAUGAGGAGUGUUUGAUGCUUUUGCCUGCUGCAGCCUUGUACAUAAGUGUUUCUUGGACAAAACUCAGAGAGCACCCUUUUAGGAAUAUUAAGUUCAUGCUGGAUUCUUAUUCAAGGAUUCUCUUGGAUGGUUUUUCUAACUGGAAAGACUUUGUGUCUAAAUCUGUAUUUGAGGUGGAAUUUGAUAAUGUUUUUCCGUAUUCUGUUGAGAAUCUUCAUGAUCUUUUCAACAGCAGUCUCCUUCAUAAAGCAGUUCAAAUGUUGCAGUGGUACUUCUCCUCAAGUGGGGAUGAUAAAAAUAAGAGAUUGAAAAUAGUGGGCUCACUUUGCCCUAUUUCUGAAGCUUUAGAUGAUUUUAUGGACUUUGAUGUCAGAGAUAUUGAUUCAUACUCUGUUGGACAGUUGACCAACUUAAUCAAUAGAGUUUUCGCUAAAAUUUCUCUUUGUUUGGUGCUUUUAUUCCCAGAGGGAGGUAAGAAGUGCUUAACAAACGAAACUCUUGAUGUUGAGCGGGAAUCUUGUGUCGGCUCUAAUAGUGAAGACUCAUUAGGAUUAAGGUUCUUAGAUAUGCUGAUCUGUGUUUGGCAACUUGUUGUGAAAAAAAAUCCAUCUGCCUUUGAUAAUCCCGGCCUAAAGACUCCCAUCUGUUUGUUGUUGAGAUCUCUUGAAAUGUUUACGCUGAGAUGCAUUUAUAAAUUGAUCAUAAAUAUGCAUAGUAUCUUGAUUCAGAUGAAUUCUCUUUCCUUUAUUGAAAAGAUGGUAAAGAUUUCUCUUCUUCAUAGAUUUGGGAACCCUGUGACAUUUGAAUAUCUCCGGUACAUUUUAUCAUCUUUAUCUGAUGGGAAGUUGCCUAUAAUCUUUAUUCUUCAGUUGGUUCUUGGGCAUUCUCAAUUGGCCUCCACUGUUGCUACUGUUGUUGACUCAUCUACUUCUGCCUCAUCUGGGAUGGUUAUAAAGCCCAUGUCUAGCCUUUUGAGGACACUAGUUGUUCCUUUAGAAAGAAGCAAUUCGGAAAAAUCAGAAAAAUACAAGUCCCAGUUGGAGGUAAUCAAGUUACUUAGACUACUCUUUCACUUAAGAGCUACUCGAUGCGGUUCAGUUUCUGAGGAUGACUUAGGUAUUAAUUUAAGAGAAUUAUCUUUGCUACUAUUGACUACUUAUGGCGCCACGGUUAGUGAAAUUGAUUUGGAGAUUCAUAGCCUUCUGUCAGAAAUUUAUAUUGACGAGGGGAUAGGUGACCAAAUAUUUUCUGAUCAAGAUUACCUGUGGGGAAGUGCUCUCAAAGUUGGAAAAGGACACACAAUGAAUAAUGUGCUUAUGAAGGAUGGUACGGCAGAUGUGGAAGAAGACUGUAGACGAAGUCAGUUCAGGGAUAAUCUUCCUAUUAACCCUAAGUUGGUGAUUCAGACUGUCCUAUAUUUUCCUUAUGAAAGGACCACAUCUGCAAAGUCGCUAUUCAUAGAUGAUGUUCAUCAGGGUGGAGUCAGAGAUACUAAGGAGGAGCAGUCUACAGAUAUAGGAAGAAUAGAGCGUUAUGAUCCAAUCUUUAUUUUAUCUUUCUCCAUUCAUAGCUUGACAAUGGGCUUCUUGGAUCCCAUAGAGCUUGCUGCCCUAGGCUUGCUUGCUAUUGCAUUGGUUAGCAUGGGAUCACCUGAAGAUGAGAUACGGAAGUUAGCUUACGAGGUUGUUUGGAGAUUCAAGGAUGCAUUGAUGAGAUGUCAGAAAAAAAGGGAGGUGACACGCCUUAAGCUUUUGCUGACGUAUUUACAGAAUGGAAUAAAAGAACCAUGGCAAAAAAUUCCCACCAUUCUUGCUGUUUUUGUUGCCGAAGCCUCUGUUGUUUUAUUGGAUCCCUCGCAUGAGCAUUAUCCUGUCAUAAGCAAGUUCUUGUUGCAAUCUCCUCGUGUAAAUUUGAAGUCCAUACCUUUGUUUCAUGAAUUUAUCUGGAGCAGCUCUGUGACCUUCAGAACAGACAGGCUGUGGAUGCUUCGUCUACUCUAUGCAGGGAUAAAUUUAGAAGAUGAUGCUGUAAUAUGUGUUAGGAACUCGGUGCCUGAGAUUUUAUUGAGUGUUUAUGCUUCACCUCUUUCAGAUCUUGAAUCAAAGGAGUUGAUUCUUCGGGUGGUGAAGAAGUGUGUUAAAUUGCACAAGACAGCCUGUUAUUUAGUUGAUAAUUGUUGUCUGAUUUCCUGGCUAUCUUCAGCUCUUGCCUUAUCUAUGAUUCAUACUGAUGGUGAAGAUAUGUUUUUCUCAAAGCAGUUGCUAGUUCUACUUGAGGUAGUGCAUGAGACCGUCUCAUCCACAAGCACAAUGGAAUGGCUGCAAAAGCAUGCAAUUGAGCAGCUUUCUGAUCUUUUUUGUCAACUUUUAAAUCUGUUAGUUAGAUGCUCAAAGUUGGCUCUGGAGACUAAGUCAUUGGUUACUUUAAUUCUAGAAAUAAUUGUGACAGUCUUGAAGAUGUCACAAAAAGGGAACAUGUACCAACCACCUCUUACGCCUACUAUGCGGUGUUUAUAUCAAAUAUAUCAGGCUGUUGAUGUGCAUGAUAAUAGAUCUGGUGAUUUAGCAGAAUGUGGGCUGAAAGCUAUACUUAUGAGUGCGCCAUCAACAACUAUUUUUGACCUGGACUUGAAAGAGCUCUCCGAGUUUAUUACGUGGGCAGUUUCUACAGCUCUACAUACAGAUUCUCGGAAGACGUUGCAGCAAACACAAUAUUUUCCCCACAAAGUGUGUAUUCAGGAUGCAGAAUACAUACAAGAAGAGUCUCUAACUUCAACACUUCUACGUUGGCUUGUAGCUUCUGUAAUUCUAUGGAGGGUUUCAUGUAGCAAUAGUGUCUUCAACACUAGUUUUCUACCUAGUGGAGAAAAUGGUGAAACUUUGCAAUCAUUAAUAACACUCUUUGAAAGCAAAGGUGGAGAAGACAAACUUGUGUCUGGUUCUAAAGAAAUCUUAGCUACAGCAAUUUUUCACCUUCAACAGCUUCUUGGCAUGAAAUGUCUGGUGCUGUCUUCAGUGGUUGCAGCACUCUCAAUUUUGCUCCUUGGUGAUGGGUCAUAUGCUGCUGCAGGUGAUUUGUCAGGCACCGCCACCUGUGUCAACCCUCAAAAUUCUUUGUCAUUUAUCUGGUCAAAGAUAUACUGUCCUCCUGAAGCUAAUCCUUCCUGGAGAUGGUCAUUUUACCAACCAUGGGCUGAUCUUGAAACAGAACACACCGAUUUGGAGAAAUUAGAUGAAAGACAUGCAUGCCAAAAAUUCCUGGUCAUAAUCUCAGGGGUGUUGGAAAAGAAAUCGUCAGAACACGAGUUGUUAUCCCCUCAAGAAUUAGAAUCUUCAGGAUUAUUUGAAUGGGAGAGAACUAACCUCCAAAAAGAAUAACAUGUUUACUAUAGGUCCAUAUUCUGAUUGUACAUAUUUUUUGUAGCUUGCUAGUUGUAGCUUUACAGAAUCGUACUUGUAUUCUUUCCACAUUAAAUGAAAGAAGUUAAUUGGCUGGAAA